UUCGCAGAAUAACUUUCAGAAGGAAAAUCAAAACUAGAAAUCUUCACGGCGAUUUGACUGACGAAGUGUACAUGAAGCUUCCUCCGGGUUUCUCCUCGCCAAAACCAAACCAAGUCUGCCGUCUCCGGAAAUCUUUGUACGGCCUCAAACAGGCCCCUCGUUGUUGGUUUGCAAAACUCGGAACAGCUUUACGUCGCUACGGAUUCUCUCAGAAACUCACCCUCCGCCUUGGACGCUUUCAAAGCAUAUCUUCACUCCUGUUUUCGCAUGAAGGAUUUGGGUAUGCUUAAAUAUUUCCUUGGUCUUGAGAUUGCACGAAGCCCCUUGGGAAUUUUCUUAUGUCAGCGAAAAUACGUGCUCGAUAUCUUAGCAGACACUGGACUUAUUGGUGCUACACCGGCUUCUUUCCCCCUUGAACAGAACCAUCGAUUAGCUGUCUCCACCAGUGAUCUGCUUGACGACCCCGAGCCUUAUCGUCGUCUCGUUGGCCGGUUACUAUAUUUGUUGGCCACCCGACCAGACAUUACGUAUGCCGUACACGUCCUGUCCCAGUUUAUGCAGCAACCACGUCUGGACCAUUGGCAGGCCGCCUUACGGGUAGUUCGGUACUUGAAACGCAAUCCGGGCCAAGGUAUUCUACUUCGUUCCGACUCUGACCUUCGUCUCUCUGCUUGGUGCGACUCCGAUUGGGCGGGAUGUCCUCGAUCUCGCAAAUCACUCUCCGGUUGGUUAGUUCAACUCGGCAAUUCCCCGAUUUCGUGGCGGUCGAAAAAGCAACAUACAGUUUCACUUUCUUCUGCUGAAGCAGAGUACCGCGCUAUGUCGAGUGCUACCUGUGAGUUGUUAUGGCUCAAGGGCCUACUGCGGUCUCUUGGAGUAGAUCAUUCCGCGCCCAUGUUACUUCGAUGUGAUAGUCAAGCCGCUCUUCAUAUUGCUGCCAACGAUGUUUUCCAUGAUCGGACGAAACACAUCGAGAUCGAUUGUCAUUUCCUCCGGCAUCAUGUCAGCUCUCAAACUGUGGCUACAUGUUACGUUCCCAGCAACUCUCAGCUCGCCGAUAUUUUCACCAAAUCUCUUGGCAAGAAGGAGUUCGACUUGUUUUUAGACAAGCUGGGCGUAUAUGAUAUCUACGCUCCACCUUGAGGGAGGGUAUUCGGGAGAUAUUGAUAUUGUGUAUCACGCAUACAUGGCAUAUUUACAUAUUGUAAUUAUGUCUUUCCUUUUCCUGUAAUUAGGUCACGAAGUGGAUGUCUUCUGUAUACAUAGGCUUGCUUGUACAUGAAUAAACAGAGAAAAAGUUCUUUCUU